CAAGGUGGACCUUGUUCUACAAGCUGCGUCACGUGAUGAACGAGCUGUUUGACCUUCGGAGACAGAUGUUGUCUGGUCACCUGACACAGGGACCAGUCAAAGACGUCAAGAGACACAUCACCCAUCCGCCUGGACUGGGGCAACGAACACCUGGGCCUGGACCUCGUACCCAGGAAGGAGUUUGAAAUGGUGGAUGCAGACCAGAUCAGCGUCUCAGACUUAUACAAAAUGCAUCUGUCCAGCAGACACAGUGUCCAGCAAAGCACAACCCAGGCUGACAGUGUGCGUCGGGGCCACGGUGUAGAGCCCUGUCGUAUCCCCGUCCCUCACCACCUGUUCGUCAGCCUGAAGAGCUUCACCUACAACACCAUGGGAGAAGACACAGACAUCUUCUUCUCUCUCUACGACCUCAGGGAGGGGAAACAGAUCAGUGAGAAAUUUAUGGUGAGACUGAACAAGAAUGAAGGUCCCAAGAACACAGACAAGGUUGAUCGUUUGUGUGCUCUGUUCACGGAUUUAAGUAAUAAAGACAUGAAGCGGGACCUGUAUAUUGUUUCACAAGUCAUCAGAACCGGUCGGAUGCUGCUGAAUGACUCUAAGAAGGGUCCUCCUCACGUCCAGUACAGAAGACCGUACGGCUGUGCUGUGCUGGCCAUGAGUGAUGUACUACAGACCAUCUCAGAGUUGAAGGAGGAGAAGGACUUUGUACUCAAAGUCUACACGUGA